CUUACAGGCAGAGGUGCUGGUCGCCUUGCUUAUUUUUCUUCGACGACUUACGACUGGAUCAUCUGACGACCUCUGACUUCUAAUACACCCUAUCCACGAUACCGUCAGUUUGCCGAACUUACCUCUCGUGAAAUAUUCGACCAUCAUGCGCGCUACCGCUGUCUUUAUUGCCGUUGCUGCCACCGCUGCGCCCGCCAUCGCGCAACCCAUCCGCCUCGUAUAUGAUGCCCCGACGGUGCAUAGCCACUUUGCCAUAGGCCGAAGCCUCGAGUCCGAAGACUUGAUCACGCGCCAGUUUCCCCAUGGUGGUAUGCCCCACGGCGGUAUGCACGGCCUCCCCGGCGGCAUGCACAUGCAUAGUCCUGCAAAUGGCAUGCACCACGUUGGACGCGACGACGAGCUGCUGAUACGUCAGCUCGGAGGGGGGCGUCACGGCCAUGGCGGUAUGCACUCCGGCGGUCACAGGGGACCUAUGGCUGCCCGGGACACCGAUGAGGGGCUGCUGUUUGCUCGUCGCGGCGAAGGCCACAGAGGUCAUCGUGGAGGUAUGCACCACGGUGGCAAGCACCACGGCGGCAUGCAACACGGCGGAAUGCGCCAUGGCCAUGGCGGCGGCAUGAAGACAGGCGGGGAAGUCGCUUUGCGCGAAAUCGACGAGGACCUGGUCGCUCGUCAGGGAUUCGGCGGCCACUUGGGUGGCAUGCACAUGCAUCACGGCGGGCCUGGUUUCCACCCGCGCGAGCUCGGGGAUGAACUGCUCGCUCGUCAGCGAUUCGGAGGCCGCAUCGGCGGAAUGCACCGUGGGGGCUUCCACCGCGGACAGGUCGCCGCUCGUGAUGUCGACGAAGAGCUCAGCGCCCGCCAGGGACUCGAUGGGAUGCACCACGCGGGACUUCACCGCGGCGAGGUGGAAUCACGCAGUAUUGGGGAUGGGUCAGUCGCUCGUUGGCACAGCGGUCAUUUCGGCGGACAGCUCCACCCCCAGCGUCGCAUGGAAAUUGAUGGGCUGGAUUGAAGGCAUAUUGCGGCAUUUAUUGAAUACAGUUGGUGUAUAUAGAUC